AUGGGUUGUUCUGCAUAAAAACAAAAACAAAAUUCUUAGGAACCUCCUCCUAAGCAAUAUGACAUAGAACAGUAGCUGGCAUUGAAAGAAGAAUAGAUAACGCAUUUAGAAAAAUUAAUUGAGGAAUAUAAAAGUAAUAAUAAGCACAGCUUAGUUGAAGUUAAGAUGCUUGGUAAAAAUAUUUCAGAUUAUUAGAACUUGAUAAAAUUAAAAAAUAAAGAGAUAAUAUGAUUAAAUAUGCAAAAGUGAAUGUUAUUAUUAAAUGUCAAGUUGAAGAUGCACAAGCAAUACAGGGUACUGCAGAGAACAGAGUAAAAAAUCAAAAAGAUAUUAUAACAAUGAAUGAUUAGAAUAUAGUAAUUAAGGAAACAGAAAUAGAAAAUGCAAAUAGAAUUAAUGAUCAAAGAAAUGAUCUUGAUUAUAUGCAAUAAUAAGAAAAUGAUGUAUAUUCCUUAGAUAAAAGUAUAUAUACCUCUAUGUAAUUAGAUUAAACUUCAUAAAUUAACUCGUCAGCACAAUAAUAAAGGCUAGGCACUACUGUCAAUUAUAAUUCAUAAGCAAAAAUCACUUAAACUAAUUCAAGUUACUAGCCUCCUCAAUAACGAUUAUAAAGUUACCAAGGUUAAAAGCCUUAAUAAAUUUAAAAAAUUGUAUAAAUGCAGCAAUGA